AUGUCUGAAGAAAAAAUAAAAGUACAAACUAGUGAUGGAGAUGUUAUUGAAGUUGAUCUAUUUGUUGCAAAACAAUGGGAACCUGUUAAAAAUAUAUAUGAAGUUUUGGACAGUAAAGACGUACACGAAAAUCCUAUUGAGUUAGCCAAUGUUGGUACAGAAGUUUUAAAAAAAAUAAUUGAAUGGUCAAUUCAUCAUAAAGAUGAUGAAUUAACUUCAGGAAAUAAUUCACAAACAACUCGAAGAUUUGUUGAAAUUCCUAGCUGGGAUAAAGAUUUUUUCAACAUUAAACAAGAAAUGAUUUUUGAAAUUAUUAUGGCUGCUAAUUACUUAGGGAUGACACUUUUACUUGAUAUGGCAUGUAAAACAAUAGCAGAUAUGAUUAAAGGCAAAACACCAGAAGAAGUUCGACAAACAUUUAAUCUUCCAAAUGAUUUACCACCACCAAAAACAUUAGAAAACAAGUCGUGA